GCGGCGAUGGCUCAGAAGAUGGACGUGUCGGCGCUGGAGGGUGAGGCUGGCGUGCUGGCGUUGCUGGAGCGAGUGGCGGGCAUCAUCGACAAUGUCCAGGCGUGCCAGACGCGCAUGGAGGAGAGGCAGCUGGAGCUUGAGGCCAGCGUCAAGACCAUCCAGGCGGACGUGGCCAAGCUGACCAAGGACCACGCGGCCACCAACGGCGUCGUGGAGAAGCUGCUGGAGAAGACGCGCAAGGUCAGCUGCCACAUCAAGGACGUGCGUGUGCGCGUGGAGAAACAGAACGAGCGCGUGAAGAAGGUGGAAGAGACGCAGGGAGAGCUACUCGUGAAGAACAAGUUCAGAGUGGUCAUCUACCAGGGUGAUAAUGAAGUGAAGGCCGUGGCCGCCCCAAAGCCCGUCCCUAAGGAGGCGUCUGCCGACGCCAAAGAGGAGGCAGUGGAGCCACCCGCCCCAGACUCGGACGAGGAGUACAUGGUGGUGGAGGAGGGCGACUCGUCCGCUACCCGCAUGAAGAAGUCCGGCCUGAAGCGCAUCGAGAGCCUGAAGCACACCUUCUCCCGUGAGAACAUGAGCAAGACCAAGGAGAGCAUGGGCAGCAAGAUGGGCAAGCUGGGCGAGCGCAUCGUUACGGCCGAGCGCCGCGAGAAGAUCCGCCAGUCCGGCGAGCGCAUCAAGCAGUCCGGCGAGCGGCUCAAGGAGACCAUCACCAAGACCGUGCCGGCCAAGCUGAACCUGAAGAAGGAGCGGACAGUGGCCGAGGGUCAGGAGGGGGCCGAGGGCUCCACGGAGGGGGCAGUGCCUGCACCCAUCCCCCCCGCUAAGGGCCGCAAGGCCAACGACGUCGCCUACACCGAGGUGGCGCUCGAGAAGGAGGAGGCGGCCGAGGGCAAGGGGGAGGAGUCCGAAGUCCCCAUGUACGACAUGAAGCAGCUCUCCUAAACAGGGAGGCGUGCCAGGGGCAGGAAAUACAUGUCCUGAACUGUUUGAUUGCCGAUGGAAGUUUGAUUUGGCGAACGGGAGUUUGGUUUGCUAGUGGUUCACGUUUGGAUCGGUCAACUACUCCAAAAGGGAAAAAAUACGAAGAGAAGAAGGUUGGCAACUGAUUGGAAAAGAGAGAAUAAUGAUACCGAAUGGGCCAGUCGGAGUGCCACAGAGAUAUGUUGUAUGAAGCAAAAUCGCUGUAAUAUUUAUUUGCUAGUAUUUCUCUGUUAGGGGUGGGCAGGGGUAUUAUGGGAGGAAUUACAAUAACAUUUAGCUGUUUUACUGAAGUUUUUGUCUUGUUUACACUAAAUAUAGACUCUGAGAUACAGACAACUAAGGAGUGCUGAGGAGAAAUAGAAUUGUUCCUACUGGUAUUGGGAGAGAGCUGGAACGUUCUGGACUUUGGGAAAAAAGAAGCACCAGAUGAGAACACCGAUUUGCAUGUGAAAUCACUGAUGAUGAUGAUGAUGAUGAUGAUGAUGCAAGUUUGAAUGAACACUUUCUUUGAGGAUGGAAAGCUCACGUGUGUUUUGGGGUAAUGUGUGGUGAAGAACAAUAAAACAACCUUUUUAUGUAUAA